CUCUCUACUUUUGGUUUUCAGUUGGGUUGCGGCGGUGUCUGCAUGGAUUUCUUGGCAGUGGUGGCUGCUUUUCCUAAACCAGAUGACAAGAUUCGCUCCACCACCUCCAAGGUUCAAGGGGGUGGCAAUGCUGCGAAUACAUUGACUUGUGCUGCUCGUUUGGGUCUCAAUCCAAGGUUCAUUUCUAAGGUUGCUGAUGAUGCUCGAGGGAGAGCUAUACUGGAGGAGUUAAAAGCUGAUGGUGUAGAUACUUCUUAUAUUGUGGUUUCAAAGGAUGGAAAUUCACCAUUCACCUAUGUCAUUGUUGACAGCCAAACGAAGACCCGUACAUGUAUUUUCACUCCAGGAAACCCUCACAUGGUGCCGGAUAAUCUUUCUCAAACAAGCUUAUCAUCUGCAUUGGAUGAAGCAAGAUUCGUAUACUUUGAUGGUAGAUUGCAAAAGAUUGCUUUAAUUGUUGCACAAGAGGCAAUUCGGAGGAAAAUCCCUAUUUUAAUUGAUGCCGAAAAACCCAGGGAAGGAUUGGACGAUCUUUUGUAUUUAGUAGAUUAUGUUGUAUGCUCAGCGAAAUUUCCUCAGGCAUGGACAAAGACCCCAUCAAUUCCAAGUGCAUUGGUAUCAAUCCUUUUGAGAUUACCAAAUGUCAAAUUUGUGAUUGUUACCCUUGGAGUUGAUGGCUGCAUAAUGCUUGAUAGAUGUGUAGAAGCAGAAGUUCCUGAGCUGGAAGAGAUUGAGGUGGAUGGGGUGGUUGAAUUAUUGAAACAGAAAAUUGAUUACAAAAACACUAUCCCAACAUGCAUUUCAUCCAAGUCAGUAAUAAGGUUGAGAGCAGAUGGGAUUGGGAAGAUGAAUGGGAGGUUACUUGUAGGAACAACUGAGAAGAUACCAGCUUCAGAGCUUAUUGACACCACUGGUGCUGGAGAUGCAUUCAUUGGAGCAAUUCUUUAUGCUAUUUGUGCGGAAAUACCACCAGAGAAAAUGCUGCCCUUUGCUGCUCAAGUGGCAGCUGCUCGAUGCAGAGCUUUAGGGGCUCGAAGUGGUCUUCCAUGGCGAACAGAUCCAUGUCUAGCUCCUUUUUUAUGCUAGAGCACUAACAUAUCAACUAUUUGUGUUGGAAAUCAAUUAAAGGGGUAGUUGUUAGAUGAGCUAAGCUGCCUGAGCC